CUGACAACAAGACAACAACAGACUUUGUUGUGCGUUAAACACAAAAAAAUUGUAGAAAACUCAACUAGAAGUGAGUGAAAAAGUCACUAGAAAGUUUCGUGUGAUUCGUUCUGCAACGACAUCAAAGUCAUUUCUCAUCAGCUGUGAGUUUUUAAACCAGCUGCAGUUGUCCUUGGGUCACAUGACUCACUGCACGUCAUCAUGAUGACAUCCAUUGUAUUGAUCUUUGUCUAAAUGUUCAGAAAUAGCAGGCUUGAUCAUAUUGACCAUAAGUCUUUGGAAACACUGUAUUUCCUGUACUUGUUUGUGUUGUUUUCAGCCGGACAUGAGAGCUUCAGCACAGGAAUGAUAAUAGAACGCUUCCAUAGCUCUGGAACAACAGGAUUCUCUGUCAGUUUUUCAGAUUGCACAGAAAGCAUCAUGAAGUUCAGGAGAGCAGUUUUUUAGCACAGAGGCUGAGAAACCAUCACGUCCUGUGGAUUUCUGACUACCGUCAUGUCUAAAUGCUGACUGUACCUGUAGAGCAGGGCCGUCACACUCUAAUGACCUGGGGGCCAAUGAGCGUCUAUUCUGGUCAAGAGGGGGCCGGACUACGGAACAUAGAGUCGUCAAAAAACAAGUGUUCAGUACACGGCUGCCGUGGGGUUUUAAAAGGUAGUAAAAGGCAGUAAAUUAAAUUAGGCCAAAUUAAAGCCAGUAUAAAGUAGUAAAAAGUAGUAAACGUCAUCUGACGAGGUAGUAAAUUUUCGAACCCCAAUCCAACUGGAUUUGCGUUUCAACUGCGUUUUCCAAUUAAUUUUACUUACGUGAAGGCCGAGCUUCUUCAAUUACUAAACUUGCGUAAAUUUAUUUUUAUGUUGCGAGUAGGACCUGCGCGCGGGGGUACACGUGAUCCUAGGUCCUAGGAUCACGUGUACCCCGCGCGCGCUAAAGUCAGUUUGGGUACCCGGCUGGCUUGCUACCAAACCUCUCCGUGAGUUCGCAUCAAAAUGGGUAAAUGUAAAUUUUCAGACCUCUGGCUGGAGGAAUCAGCCUUUAAAGACUGGCUUAGGCCAGUAACUGGCAACAGCCGAGAGGCGUAUUGCAGUGCCUGCAAAAAGACCAUUAAUAUUACCUGGAUGGGGGUGAAGGCGGUCAAAUCGCAUCUGGAGUCUGCCAGUCACCGAGCCAGGAUGCGGGGACAUAGCGCGCAGCUACCGCUGUCGCUGUUUUGCGCUAGCACGACUGCUAGCUCUACGCCCUCAACCUCCACUGCUCCCUCAACUUCGCCUGCUCCUGCCCCGCAAUCCACCGCCAGUAUUCCUACGACCAGCACACAGAUGCUCUGCGCUGCCACCUCUACACUGCAGGCCGAGGUACUGUGGUGUUUAGAUUUAGCAGUAAAACACCACUCGUUCAAUUCGAACGAUAACAUAGGAGAGCUCUUCUGCAUGAUGUUCCUGGACUCCCAAAUCGCAAAAUCGUUCGCGUUGGCCAAGGACAAGACCGGUUACAUCAUCAAAUUUGGCAUUGCCCCCUAUUUCAAGAAGCAACUGGUUGAGGCCAUCAAUCAUGCUGGACCGUACGUCCUAAUGUUUGAUGAGAGCCUCAACCAGUCAUCAAAGAAAAAACAAAUGGAUAUACACAUUCGUUUUUUGGAAAAUGGUUGUGUACAGUCCAGAUAUUUUGGCUCACAGUUCCUGGGACAUGGAAGAGCUGACGAUCUGUUGCGGCACAUCAAAGAAUGUGUUGCACAACUCAACAUGAGGGAGCUUCUCUCAAUAGGAAUGGAUGGCCCUAAUGUCAACUUUAGACUCCUGGAUCUCCUUCAAAAGGAGCAUGCUGAGCUGUACGGAGGUGCUCAAGUCCUGAUGGUUGGGAGCUGUGGACUGCACACUCUCCACAAUGCCAUGAAGGCAGGCUUCACAGCCUGGCAAAUUGACAAACUCCUGCGUGCGCUCCAUUUUCUCUUCCACAACGUUCCUGCCCGAAGAGAGGACUACACCAACAUCACUGGAUCAUCCUGCUUUCCCCUCUCUUUCUGCGGCCACAGAUGGGUCGAAAAUGUGCCGGUUGCAGAGAGAUUCCUGGAAGUUUGGCCCAUGAUUCGGAAGUAUGUUGAUGCUGCUGAGGAGAAGAAGGUCCAAAAACCGAACACGGCCUCUUAUGACGUCAUCCUGGCAGCACUAGGCGAUCCACUCUUAAUCCCAAAGCUUCAAUUUUUCCUCGCCAUUGCGAGAAGUUUUAACCCAUUUCUUCAGAAAUACCAAACAGAUGAGCCAGUGUUGCCUUUUUUGGCAAAAGAUUUAACUGAGCUUCUGUUGAGUUUACUGAGGCGGUUCAUUAAAAGGGAGCUCCUACAGGACCAAAGCCCCCUGCAGCUCAUUAAUUUGGACAUCUCUGAGGAGAAGAACUGGGUCUCCCUCAAAAGGGUAGACAUAGGCUUGGGGGCUGAAUCUGCCAUCAAGGCACUCCUGGGCAAACCAGGAACCAAGAUAGGGGAACUAUCUGUACUCAGCCUGAGAAAAGAGUGUUUGCAGUGUCUGAUUAGGAUCAUAAAGAAUCUGCAGGAAAAGUCCCCAUUGAAAUUCCCCAUUGUUAGGCAGAUUUCCUGCCUGGAUCCCACAAAGAUGGUCAAAGAUCCAGAGUGGUGCAUCGUACAGAUGAAGGCAUUGGUACAGACUUUCAUCCAGGGGCAGCAGCUGGCAGGUGGCAUUGCAGCUGGUGAUGUCAUCAUUCAACAAUUCACAUCCUUUCUCUCUGUCGUGGGCAGAGAAGAUGAGUUUGUUUCCUUCCAACCCCUGAGGCAGCGUCUCGAUGUCUUUCUCCACUCUAAACUCUGUACGUCCCAUCCUGACCUGCUAAAGUUCUGCCAAAGUGCUCUCCUCCUUUCCCAUGGACAGGCCACAGUGGAGAGAGGCUUCUCGGUGAAUAAAGAGGUAGAAACGUGCAACCUCCGUGAUGAAUCUCUCGAAGCCCUCAGGUUAAUCUGUGAUAAGGUAGCUGUUUGUGGUGGCGUUCUUAAAGUUCCUUUGACCAAGGAGCUCCUGGCUUCUGCUGCUUCAGCGAGGUCACAAUACAGGCUAUACCUUGAUAGUGAGCGGAAAAAAAAGGAGAGCGCUACACAAGAGCUGAAGAGGAAAGCAGCAAAGAAAGAGCUUGAGGACCUUCGGAACCAGCGGCAGGUACUCAAUAGCGUGUGCCAUUCACUUGAAAAUGAUGCCGACAAGUAUGCAGAGAUGGCUGAGGGAAAGGCAGGAACAAAGAUGGCUGAGCUCAUCACAAAAUCCAACUCUCUUCGUAGAAGACACAGGGACAAAAAAGCAGACCUUCUCCAAGUGGUAAAAAUGAUAGAAGAAAAAGCCACACAGCUGAGGCACUUGUAACUGCAAUUUUUUUUUUGUGUCCAGUGUUGAAGUUAUUAAGUUGUUUGUUAAUAAAAUACUAUUACAGUGUAAAGUU